UGUUUAAAGAGAAGAGCAGUCUGAUGUCUGCUCAGCUCACACUUCUUCCUGCUGCAGACAGGACACCGACUCUUCGUGAUUCAACAGAAAGUUUUCUGUUGCCUACAGACUAGGAUGGAUGUGUAUCCUUACAGCAGCCUCACACUUCAUCUGAAGGGAAUGAGAGUCAACACAAACAAUUCGGUGGAAAGCUACACCUACAACAGCUUCAUCCUGCAGCUGGAAGGCUUACUGGUCUCACAGGAGUCCCUUCACCCCGUAUUUAUUUUUAUCCUCUUCUCCUACAUUUUUAUUUUGAUACUAAAUGUUAGUAUUUCUCUUUUAAUUUUUAUAGAUAAGAGCCUGCAUGAGCCCAUGUAUCUCCUGUUCUGUAACUUGUCCAUUAACGACAUCCUCGGAGCAUCAGCCGUGCUGCCCUCUCUGCUGGUGGACAUGUUGAGGCCUCGAUCGGAGCGUCUCAUUGGUUAUUAUGAGUGUGUUGUUCAGGCCUUCAUCAUGCAUGUUUAUGGGACAACGUGCCACACUGCCCUCAUGGCCAUGGCCUUCGACAGAUAUAUGGCCAUCUGUAACCCUCUGCGUUACGCUGCAGUGAUGACCAACAAGAUGCUGAUGAAGCUGACGGUGUCUGCCUGGGGGGUGUCCCUGGUUCUGGUAGGGGUUCUGCUGGGUCUGACCGUCCGGCUGAGCCGAUGCAGGACUUUUAUGGGAAGCAUGUUCUGUAACAAUGCUGCGUUGUUUCAGCUCUCCUGUGAGAACGUCUCCGUUAAUAACAUCUACGGUCUCAGCUUCACAGCAGUUCUGUUCACCUCCUCCAUCGGCAGCAUGGUUCUGACCUACUUCAAGAUCACUGUGGUCUGUCUGACCCAUCAGAACAAGUCCACGAACAAUAAAGCCUUAAAGACCUGCAGCACCCACCUGCUUGUUUAUGUCAUCAUGUUGUUCAGUGGUUUGCUUGUUAUUAUUCUGCAUCGGUUUCCUGAGUUAGCUUCUGUCAGAAAAAUGUCCUCGGUUCUGUUUCACAUCAUCCCUGCCUGCCUGAACCCGCUCAUUUAUGGGAUCCAGUCCAAACAGAUACAAAAAUACUUCACCAAGAUGGUUCAGAACAAUAAAGUAGCAUCAUAAAGAUGUUUUACAAACUUUGUAUCUUUCCUUUUAACAUCAGGUGUAGAACCCAGAGUUACUGAAUAAAAUAAACACCAAAAAUCUGUUCAUAUAUAUAUAUUUAACU